ACAGUCUCUAGCCGCCACGAGUUUUCUAUCCAAAAGUCUAACCUCGCGAAGAACGGUUCGACUUCGUGUCUCUUGAAACCAAAAAAACACAGGAGAAGAGGGUUUUAUAUCAGAAUGGCUCCAACAGAAAACACUGACACCAAGAGUGUGAAGAAAGUCGGAAAGCCAAGGAACUAUGAUCUGGGCAAUGGAGUUUACCGCUUUAGUCGGAGCAGAACAUACCACAAAAAAGCAUUGUGGAAAUUUCAAGAUAAAAAAACUCCUAAAACGGUAGUUCCAAAGAAACCAGUUACUGUUGAAAAAAUUGUUGGAGGAGAAAAAAAUGGAAAAACUAGAACUGUUCUUGUAAAAAAGAGGAAAUCUAAUUAUCCAACUGCUGACGCAAUCAAAAAGCGACCAGCCAAAAAAUGUUUCAAACACCAUACAAGAUACUUAAGAUCAAGCAUCCUCCCAGGUACAAUUCUUAUUUUGUUGGCUGGUCCUCACAAGGGAAAACGUGUUGUUUUUCUCAAAUCUCUUAAAAGUGGACUCUUGUUGGUCAAUGGACCAUUCUUAAUUAAUGGAUGCCCACUCAGAAGGAUCCAUCAAAACUAUGUUAUUGCUACCAGCACCAGAAUUGAUUUGAGUGAUGUCAAAAUUCCCCAAACUCUCAAUGAUGAGUAUUUCAAGCGAGUACAUGAAAAGCGGGCCAAGAAAGAAGAAGGAGAUAUAUUUGCAACAAAAAAAGUAGUAUACAAACCGAGUGAACAGAAAAAAAUUGACCAGAAACUGGUUGAUAAAUUAGUAAUUGAUGCAAUUAAGAAAAACAGUGAAAAGAAGACCCUGUUUGCUUACUUAGCUACUAUGUUUGGUCUGCGCAGCAGCCAGUAUCCUCAUAGAAUGAAAUUCUAAACUGUAAUUUUAUUUUUUUGCAAUUAAAAUGUUUUUAACAGUA